AGCAUUUGAUAGCUAAUUUGUUCAGUUCAUAAAACCUUUACAGCAAUGUGAUAUUGGGAUCUGCUUUAUAAACCCUAGCAAUAGAUGGAACUAAUUCACCAUGAGAUACAAGAAGGUCAGCUCUGUGCCCAACACUGUUUGAACACUCUGUUACAAUGUCCUGUGUUUGAUGCCAUCCAACUGGCAUCCAUCGCACAGCAGUUAGAUUCAGAGGAGACUAGCAGGAUGGCUGAAGGAUCUGCUGAGGAAUAUUCUCGGUUCCUUGAACAGCCUUCUAGCAAUAUGGAUGACAGUGGCUUCUUUUCAGUCCAGGUCAUCAUGAGAGCACUGGAGGUUUAUGGAUUAUCUGCGAAGCAUUGGAAUCAUCCUGACCUAGCUGAAGCUCGAAAACAUCCUGCAAAUAACUUCUCUUCCUUUGUUUGCAACCUGAACCAGCACUGGUUCACGAUCAGGAAGAUAGGUUUACAGUGGUUUAACAUAGACAGCUGCAAAUCUGGCCCAACCCUCAUCUCAGACACUUAUCUUGAGGUUUAUCUCAAGCAACUGGAGCUCGAAGGAUACACCAUAUUUGUAAUCCUUGGAACAUUGCCAGAGUGCCAAGCUGAUGCUGUCCUAUUAACAUCACCCCUAGAUCCCAGUUUGUACAACACUACAAACUCUCGAAAGACAACCAAGCCCAAAGAAAAAGCUCCAGAUGUAAAGCCAGUUGAGACUGAAAGUGUUGAGGAGAUAAGACGGAAACGUCUUGCAAAGCUUUGUGGAGAAGCCAGCUCAACAUCACAAGAUGUUAUGUCCGAUAGUACUGAUCUAACCCCAAGUUCUCAUUCUAUAGAUGACAAUAGUAUUGAAGAUGAAGAGUUACAGAAAGCUAUUGCAAUGUCUUUAUUACAUUCCUAGAUUAGAUUGGUGGAUUAUUAAGAUUUUAAAUGAGCUGAUUUUAUUGUUCAUAUUAGGUUAAAGUCUGUAAAUAUUUAUGUUUCCUGGAUUGUCAUAUUAUAUAUCAACAUGAUAGAUUUCAUUUGAUGUUAGGCUACAGUUUUUUGACAGCUUACUUUCUAGAAUAGUUCCUCGAUUAUGGCAUUGUCAGGAAUUUAUGAUGAUGUAAAUUGCACCCAUGUACAUUGAUGGAGACGUUUUCUAUUGAAUUUGAUUUGUGUUCUAUCAAUUAUUAUUUAUGCAAGAUUCAAAUAAAAUUACCCAAUUUGCAUCGUUUGGAGGUAUUUUGAACAAUUAAGUUUAAUUUUAGCUGCUGAAUUUUGUUAUUAACACUUGUUAUGUAACGAAAUUAUAGGUAAUGAACUUUGUUAAUACUACAUGUUUAUUUUUCUAUUGUAUUGGGAACCAAUACAAUAGCAAAAUCUAGUUCUUUCAACUUUCUAACUAGCUCAAAUUAAGCUGAAACUUACAAACAA